AUGAAAUUAUCAUAUGCACUUUAUAAUCACUUGUCAUCUUUAAAAGUGUUUGAAACAAUUAAGCAAGCCAAUAAAAAUCCUAUAAUUUUAACAGAAUCAUAAUAAAACUUAAUUGAAAAUGGAAUUGCAGUAGGCAAGUUAGUUAAAUCUAUACAUAAUUUAAAAUAAGAGAUUUCAUAAAGGUAUUAAACAUCCAUAUUAUGAGAACUCUGACUCCAAUAGUUCAAUUAGAUUAGCUAAAACAAAUAACUACAGCAUCAACAAAGUUAUAUAAUUGGAACAUAAUCAUAAAUGCAAUAAAUUAAUUGUAAAUACCUAAUGACAUAAAUAAUGAUAUUAAAAAAUUGAUAUUGAUGGGAGAUGUUUAAGUAAUUGAAGAUACUUUAAAUUAAUUAUUUGAUUUCUAUCUAAAAAUGCAAUAAGUCAGAUUAAGUAAAUCAAAAACAUCCCCAAUUCAUAGAAAUAGAAUUUUAUCUGAAUAAUAACCAUAAGGUUAAGGUUAUAACCAUUUAAACCUUAGUUAAUCAUAAGAGUAAAUUUAAAUAUCUGAUUCAAAUACAUUAGAAUACUUUACAUAAUUAUUGUCAAAAUGGUUAAAUUUGUAAUACAAAUAGGUAAUAUCAUUAUAUGCAGAAAACUUUAAAUUUUGGGCAUAAAUUGUUACAAAAGGAGUUCAAAGAGUUUAUGAACCAAUAAUCUCAAUUUAUAAAGAUAUCUUUUUAUCUGUUGAACAUCUAUAAAAUCUGAUUUCUAUGGAAAAAGAUAAAGCAUUAGCUUUUUCAUUAAAUCUCUUAAAACCAGGAUUGAUUUCUAAAUCACCUGAAGUAUGUAUUGAAACAAUAAAAACCCUUGGAAAUUUUGUUAUAUAAGCUUAUAAUAAUAAGAUUUCAUAUAAAGAAGAUAUAUAUUAAUGGUAUGUUGAAUCAUGUUUUUAAACAACACUUUUAUCAAUAAAAAGACAUCCAUAAUUAGUAGAUUCUUUGGUUGAUUUAAUGAUAUUAUUUUGUAAAUUUCAUUUAGUUGAUCUUUUUACUUCAAUUUUGAAAUAACAUAGUGCAAAUAAUAUAGAAAUGUUAAUAAAUGUUGAGAAAUUAUUUAAUUCACUUACACCUGACUAUAUUUUAGAAAUUUAAUCUAUGGGUAUAAUGUAACAAUGGUUAGAAUAAGGUUUAGAAAUUUUUGAAAAUACAAAUACUUUAAAAUCAGAUGAAAAAAUAUGUAUUUUAAGACUCAUUCAUAAUAUUUGGCUAAAAAAUCAAUAUUAAUAAUAUUAAGAAAGAGUGCAUAAUGUUUUUAAAAUAGCAACAACAGAUCCAAGAGAAUGUGUAGCUAUAUUUUCAAUAUAAUUUUUAUUUUCUGCUUUAGAGUAUUUUGGAAAAAAUAAAAUUCCAGAAGCUCCAAUUUUAUAUAAAAUGUAAAAACAUAUUUAUAUAUAGAAUUGCCAUUUAGCUUGUAGAAUUAACAAAUGAAAAUUUAGUACAUUUUAUAUUGUAAAAUCUAUUAAUAGUUUUUUAAACUAUGCCUACAAUUCCUUUAUCUAUAGUUCUUGAUCCAUUUAUUGUAAAUUUACAAGAGAAAACAUAUCCUAGUUUAUUUGUUUUUAAUUUUCUUGGAAAUGUUGCUAAUAAUCCAAAUUUAACAACUAAAUCAUAAAUAUAAUUGAUGGAUUUAUUAUCUAAAAUAGCUAUUUAUGAUACAUUACAUUAUCGUAUUGCAUCUUAAAUAUUUCUUUAAAUGGUUACAAAUACAUAAAAUACACCAAGUACUUAAGAAUUUGUAUAAAAAUUUGUUAAAAUAAGUCUUGCUGUCUAUUUUUCUGUACAUAAAAAAUCUGAUAAAAAAAAACCAAAUUAAUAAAUUGUAGAUAAAUAAAGAAAAGCUUAAAUAAUUGAAGUUUUAAAAAGUUUAGUAUAAAUUAAUAAUGAAAAUAUUAAUUUAGUAAUUAAAAUGAUGGCUGGCCAUACAAAUUUAUAAUUCAAAAUGAUAUCUAAAUAAAAUAAAGGACUAUAAAUACUUUUAUCUUUACUUGGUGAUAUAAAUGAAAUUAUGUAAUAAGUUGAAUUAGAAUAUUAAGAAGCUUAAACUAAUAAAUAAAUCUAUUCAGAAUCAUCUGUUAAAGAAGUAUAAUAGGUUUAAGAGAAUUUAAAGAAAUUCUCCAAAAUUAAACUUACAAAAGAAGAACAAUAUCAUUUGGCUAGUUUAAGAAUGCCAAAAGAAACUGAUCCUAAAGUUAUUAAUGAUAUUUCUACUAUAAAAAAAUAAUAUUAAGAGAAACAAUUAGAAAAAGAGAUAUCAAAGUUUACUUAAGAAGAAUAAUUAAAAUAGAAAAAAGAAAAAUUGAGAAGAUAAUUAGAGAAAAGAUAAAUUGAAUAAGGAAUUGCAUCUUUGAAUUAAAAAGAUGUAACUGUUAAGUUAUUAUUUCCUGAUGGUAGUAGACAAACUGAAUUAGCUAAAGAAAAGAAACAUGGAUUAGUAACAUUUGAAUUAUUAGAUUUGAAUUUAGAGGAAGAGAUAGAAAAAUUAAUGGUAGAAUAGAUUCUAAGAAAAUAUACUAAAGUUUUUAGAUAUAUUUUUACAAAAUAUGCUAAUACUUGUUUAUAAGGAAUGAAAUAACCUAAUUCUUUUGAUUAAUAUUAAUAGAGGACUGAAAGUAUAAAUAUUGCAGAAAUAAGUAAAUUUAUUCAUGAUUAUGAAAUUGCCAUAUCAAUUGAAAAUGUAUAAGCUUUAGCAAGGUAAGUAGGAACUUAAAUUUUACAUAAUAAAACUGAAUUUAAAGAAUUUGAUUAAAUAGGUUUUAAUUAAUUUGUGAUUUAAUUAUCUAUAGUAUUAUCUAAGAAUAAAUUAGCAGAUAUACAACCAUAUUAAUGUUUAAUUAAAUUUAUUAAUCAUUUAAGAAGUGUGACUGCUUCCAAAGGAUAGAGUACAGCUUUAUUUGAUGAUCCAGAAUCUUAAUAUUUUAUGGAGAAUGAUGUAUAUAUCAUUACAACUUUAGAUUAUUAAAGAAUUCAAUUAACAAUUACUAAUAGAUCCAAAUUAUGAAUUACCAUAAGGAUAUAAGAAGAUUACAACUUUUGAAAUUCAAUUCUCAUAUGAAAUGCCUGUACUUGAUGAUAAUGUUCAUGUACCAUAUUAAAUUCUUAAUGAUUUAUUAAGAGAUGCUUUGGGGUAUAUAAAAUUAUAAUUUAAAUAGAAUUAAUAUUAUUGAACCAAUUUCUAAAAAAGUAAUUGUGUUUAAGGCUAAACCUGAUGCUUUUGGAUAUAUUUAAUCUAAAUUGUAAUAAGAACCUACAGAUGAUUAAUUUAAAAUUAAACAUAAAAAAACAAAGGAAGUUAAUAUAAGUUUAUAAAAGAAAAAAGUUCUUGAAAUUGAACCUAAAAGGGAAUUAUCAUUAAAUAUGAAAUUGGCUAUUGCUAAAUGUAAUCUUAAAGAUAAAUUCAUUGCUGAAAAUGUUGCUAAUCUACUUGAUGAUAUGAUAUUUGCAAUAGAACAUAAUAAAUAAUAAGCUACAAGAUAAAAUUAAAUUAUUAAUAGAGUUUUAGAAGAUAAAAAAUAAUAAUAAUUAGAAUAGGAAUUAUAAGAAUAGAAAAAAGAAUAAUUGAGAAAGUAAAGAGAAAAAGAAAUUAAAGAUAAAUUAAAAGAAGAAAGAGAAAAGUAGAAAUAAUUAUAACAAUCAUUAGAAAAAGAAAGAUUAGAAAAAAAUAAAACUGAAAAUAAUUUGAAAAAAGAAUAAUUAGAUAAACGUAUGAAUUAUCUAACUGAAUAGAAAUAAAAAGUAUAUAUUAUUUUAUAUAUAUAUAGAUCAAAGAAAAAAAUGAGAAAGAAAAAGAAGAAUAAUUGAGAAGAAUAUUAGAAGAAAAAGAUAAAAAAGAAAAAGAAAUUUAAAUGAAGAAACAUAAUUUUUAAGAGUUCAAUUAAAAAUAAAUAACAAAAUUAAAAGAAAUAAUAUCAUAAGGAUAAAACAAAUAAUAAUAAUCAGAAAAAGAAAAAUAAGAUUAAUUGAAAAAAUAAAAAUAUUUACUAGAAUAAGCAAGAUCAAAAAUAUUAACUUAAAAUUAAUCAAGAAUAUAAGAAUAAAAGAAUUUAGAAAAAGAGAUUGAGAAUAAAUUUAAAUCUACAUCAUAUCAAAAAAUAAUAGAGAAAUAUUAAUUUGGAUUGAAUUCUCUAUUCUAAUUCUUAAUUAAAGAGACAUUUCUACCAAUUGGUUAACCAUCUUCAAGAGAAUAAAUUACUUUUAAGACUUUUGCCUGGUUUACAGAUAGAUUUAAUCUCUGUCCUGAAAUUGUAUCUAAAGAUGAUGUUCUAUAACUUUUUAGAUAUUUAACUAGAUCUAAAGAAGUUAUAGAUGGUAUACCACCAGGAAUGAAUUACGAUGAAUUUUUAUAAGCAUUACAUAGAAUUUCAAUUAAAGGAAGUGUUAUAUUUAAUAAAGUUGCAGUUAAUGUAAAAUCUUAAAAAGGAAAACUUGAUAUCAAAACUAUUAAAUAGAUUGUAGAAGCAGAACAAAUUGUUGAUCAAGAACCUUAAAGUCAAUCACCAAAAGCAGAAUCUAUAGUAAUAGAGACUCCUUUAAGAAAUAAAUCUAAAUCUAAUUAUCUUGAGUCAUCUAAAAUAUUGAAAGAAUAAUAAAUAUUUUUCCAAUAAUCAAAUGAAUAGACAUUUGAAUCAUUAAUUCUAUAUUUAGAUGUGAGCAAUGAUAAAAAUUAAUUAGAUUAAAGAUUUAGAAAAACAUUAGAAGAAAGAAAAGUUCCAACUAAAUUGAGAAGAAAAAGUAAUUAUAAUAUUUAUUUUAGUUUUGACUGAAAAGCUUGGAAUUUAGAAUUGA